UGGAGGAGCAGACACCACUCGACCCGGGCGCAGCGCGCAGGCGGUGGCGAAGAGACGCCGAGCGGGCCGAGUGCGGCCGAGCAAAGCCCGAGCCGGAGCGGGGCCGCAGGAGCCGGGCAGGGUCCGGACGGGCCGAGAUGCCCUAUAAACUGAAAAAGGAGAAGGAGCCCCCCAAGCUUGCCAAAAGCACGGCCAAGCCCAGCAGCUCCAGCAAGGAUGGUGCAGGCGAGAGCGCCGAGGAGGCUCAGCCCCAGCCCCAACCCCAGCCCCAGCCGCCACCACAGCCGCAGCCGCCAUCAUCCAACAAGCGUCCCAGCAACAGCACGCCGCCCCCGACGCAGCUCAGCAAAAUCAAGUAUUCAGGGGGGCCCCAGAUUGUCAAGAAGGAGCGACGGCAAAGCUCCUCCCGCUUCAACCUCAGCAAGAACCGGGAGCUCCAGAAGCUUCCUGCCCUGAAAGACUCGCCAACCCAGGAGCGGGAGGAGCUGUUCAUCCAGAAGCUACGCCAGUGCUGCGUCCUCUUUGACUUUGUGUCAGACCCACUCAGUGACCUCAAAUUCAAGGAGGUGAAGCGGGCAGGGCUCAAUGAAAUGGUGGAGUACAUCACCCACAGCCGCGAUGUUGUUACCGAGGCCAUUUACCCCGAGGCUGUCACCAUGUUUUCAGUGAACCUCUUCCGGACGCUGCCACCCUCGUCGAAUCCCACCGGGGCCGAGUUUGACCCCGAGGAAGAUGAGCCGACCCUGGAAGCCGCCUGGCCGCAUCUCCAGCUCGUGUAUGAGUUUUUCUUACGUUUCCUUGAGUCUCCUGAUUUCCAGCCAAACAUAGCCAAGAAGUACAUUGACCAGAAGUUUGUCCUUGCUCUCCUGGACCUGUUUGACAGUGAGGACCCUCGAGAGCGGGACUUCCUCAAGACCAUCUUGCAUCGCAUCUAUGGCAAGUUUUUGGGGCUCCGGGCUUAUAUCCGUAGGCAGAUCAACCACAUCUUCUACAGGUUCAUCUACGAGACAGAGCAUCACAACGGGAUUGCCGAGCUCCUGGAGAUCCUGGGCAGCAUCAUCAACGGCUUUGCUUUGCCCCUGAAGGAAGAGCACAAGAUGUUCCUCAUCCGUGUCCUGCUUCCCCUUCACAAGGUCAAGUCUCUGAGUGUCUACCACCCUCAGCUGGCCUACUGCGUGGUGCAGUUCCUGGAGAAGGAGAGCAGUCUCACUGAGCCGGUGAUCGUGGGACUUCUCAAGUUCUGGCCCAAGACCCACAGCCCCAAGGAGGUGAUGUUCCUGAAUGAGCUGGAGGAAAUUCUGGAUGUCAUUGAACCUUCAGAGUUCAGCAAAGUGAUGGAGCCACUCUUCCGCCAGCUUGCCAAGUGCGUCUCCAGCCCCCAUUUCCAGGUGGCGGAGCGCGCUCUCUAUUACUGGAACAACGAGUACAUCAUGAGCCUGAUAAGUGACAACGCUGCCCGGGUCCUCCCCAUCAUGUUCCCCGCGCUCUACAGGAACUCGAAGAGCCACUGGAACAAGACAAUCCACGGGCUGAUCUACAACGCCCUGAAGCUGUUUAUGGAGAUGAAUCAGAAGCUGUUUGAUGACUGUACGCAACAAUACAAGGCAGAGAAGCAGAAGGGUCGGUUCCGAAUGAAGGAAAGAGAGGAGAUGUGGCAGAAGAUCGAGGAGCUGGCCCGACUUAAUCCCCAGGUGAGCUGGUUCUGCCACCGCCCUGAACUGAGGGGUCCCGCGUGGGCUGGGGCAGGGUUUAUUUCAGGAGGAAUAGGAAGCAGACGGGGUCACAGACUUGGCAAUGGCUCUUGCCACUCGUCCGUGCCUCCUCCCUCGCAGUAUCCCAUGUUCCGAGCUCCUCCUCCGCUGCCUCCUGUGUACUCGAUGGAGACUGAGACCCCCACGGCCGAGGACAUUCAGCUUCUCAAGAGGACAGUGGAGACAGAGGCCGUGCAGAUGCUAAAAGACAUCAAGAAGGAGAAAGUGCUGCUUCGGCGAAAGUCGGAGCUGCCCCAGGACGUGUACACCAUCAAGGCACUGGAGGCGCACAAACGGGCGGAAGAGUUCCUAACUGCCAGCCAGGAGGCUCUCUGACCUCCUCACCUCCCCGCCACAGGGCCACAGCCCACUCGGCCCUGGGACACUGCCCCGGCCCUCCACCCUCUGCUCCCCACUGGCUGACUCUGGGCAGGGCAGUGCCUCUCUACUCCAGGGAGGGGGGUGUGGCGCUUGAAGCAGGGACCCCCCCCACAGAGCGGUCCCUUGUCUCCCCCACAUGUGUUCAUGCCUCCCCGCGGCUAGUACAGAGGCUGUGCGCUGCGAUGCUCAGUGCUCAGACAACUUGGGGACGCCUGGCCCCCUCCUGCUCCUCACCCACAGCUACAUGAGGCCGCUCUGAGAAUACACACAGGAAUAUACGCCCCCUCCCCUCUUCCCUUCAGCCUCCUUGGCACCCCAGGUGUCUCCUCCUCUCCCUCCCCUGCAGGCAUAUAGGGAGCAGUGGGAGACAAUUCUCACCAAAGUUAUGUCGCCCCAUUGGUCCCUGGAGUGGAUUAGCUGCAGGGGAGCAACCCCCGAUGGCACAAAUAGGCCCCCAGCCCCGGCAGUGCGCAAACUGAUGGGGGUGCGUUAUUUCCUCUUACCUUCUGCCUGACCAAGACAACGUGGGAGGGCAGAAGGGAGAAAGCAUAGGCUCUGGACAAGAGGUGGUGAAUGUGGAGCCCUGAUGGACCAAGAGAAAGGGAUGAACAAACACCCCACCCUGUGCCCCCUUUUGGGUGAACAGCAGCCCCGGGAUCAUUGACACAGAAGGGACCACCCUGGGGCUGACUGCUCUAUGGUGUUGGUUGCCAAAGCCGGGAGGAAGGAAGCAGGGAGCAGUGCCCCAAGCAUGGCUCCCCCCAACACCUAUUUAUUUCCUUGUUUGUACUGAUGCUAGCCAGGCCCUCCCUUGUCCCUUUCAGGCACCCUGGAGGGACAAGACGCUGGGGAGGGCCGGGCUUGAGGUCCAGGGGCACAGGCAGCACAGCUUCUGGCUGUGUACAUAGGGUGCUUUAUUCUCCACAGAGUGAUACAUGCUAAGGUGGGUUGGGCCUGGGUGGAUGUCCCCAUAUGUACAGAACUGAAUAAAGUGGGUCUCUGAGAAGA